GUUGGGACAGGUGUGACGUCUGAGUCUCGAACCAUCAACUCCACCGACUACGCACUCGUCUGUGAUCAUUUUCUGUCAAACAGUUUUAUCGUUCCGGAGUGUUAACAUGUUCAACGUGCUGAUGGCUGGUGGACAGAACAUUGAGCUGAUGGCUGUAUGAUGAGAGCAGCAAGACACUAACUGCUGUCCUCAACUGUACGAGUCACUUAUCACCUAUACCUGGAGGGGGGGAGAGGGCAGCGAAUGUGCGUCACAGGUAGAGAACAGUAAGACAGCUGACUAACCCUGCCCAUGUGAUCCACAUGCACAACUACAUGUAUAACUGUAUGGACCCUGCCAGGAGCCCUAUUGUGCAGUCAUGACUGCAGCUUGCCUGCCGUGACGUGGUGGUCGCCCCAACUGUGUACCCUUCGCCCACUGCGUCCACGACAAGCCGAUCCAAUGAGAGCCCGACCUAAGAAUGUCCUCCUCCUCAUCUUUGUGGUGGUUGCUCUACCUGUCUUUUGGAUGUCAUUUGUCAUCAAGCCAGAUGCUACCAAUGAAGUUCUGGUGGAACACCGGCUAGCAGAGAUGAGGGAGCGCCUGGAGUUUGCCCAGAACCUGAACAAAAUCCGUGAACAUGACCUCAAAGUGUUGCAGAGCCAGUUCAAGUUCAUGGUCAACUCCCAGGCCAACCUAGACAACCACAGCCGUGCCUCCUCUAACGAGUCAAUCCUCAGAGAGAUGCAGCAGGCUCUGCAGAAUUACAGCCGUCAGACAGACCACCAGCGCAUCUACAUCCCUAGUAUUUUCAGCUACCUGCCUCACCUGUUGGGUAAUGAUGGCAGUGUGCAGCCCGCCUUCAAGAUCUCCCAGAAUAGGAUAGGAGUGACUAUGGUCUAUGGAGUCCCCACGGUGAAGCGAGCCCGAGAGAGCUACUUGAUCCGCACCCUAGAACACCUGGUGAAUGGCUUAGAUGAGCAGGAAAAAGAAGAUUCUCUCAUCGUGAUCUUUGUUGGAGAGCCUUUUGAUUUGGAGUACGUUAAAGAGGUGGGCAAGGAAAUAGAAGCCAGGUUGCCGGAGAGCGUGAAAAAUGGCCUGAUAGAGGUGAUCGCCCCUCCAGCCUCCUUCUACCCUGAUCUGAACCAACUCCAGCUGACCCUGGGGGAUCCUCCAGAGAGAGUGAAAUGGAGAACAAAGCAGAAUUUAGAUUUUGCUUUUCUCAUGCUGUAUGCUAAAAAUAGAGGUUUAUAUUAUACUCAGCUUGAAGAUGAUGUGAUUGCCAAACCAGGUUACAUGGCAACAAUGAAAAAUUUUGCUAUUAACCAAAAAAAUAACAACUGGAUUGUGUUAGAGUUUUCACAGUUGGGUUUUAUAGGUAAAAUGUUCAAGUCACAAGACCUGCCGUUAUUUGCAGAAUUCUUUGUGAUGUUCCACAACGACAAGCCAGUGGAUUGGCUGCUGGACAACUUAUUGACUGUCAAGUAUUGUAGUCCAGAAAAGAGUCCUGCUCACUGUAGGAAGGUAGUAGCUGAAGUCAGAAGGCGCUACAAGCCUUCACUUUUCCAGCAUGUAGGCAUACAUUCUUCUCUGAAAGGGAAGACACAGAAACUCAAGGAUAAGGACUUUGCUAAGCAAGAUGCCAGCCUAAUCCGUAGUCACAAGAACCCACCAGCAGAGUUGCGUACCUCCCUGACGGUCUACCAGAAGUACAUGCUGGAGAAAGCGUACAUGGGAGAGACCAUUUUCUGGGGACUCACCCCCGAGGCUGACGAUACCGUGGAGUUCCAUAUGAAGCCUCCUGUUUUCAUACAGAGUUUCCUUUUCCGGAGUGGCAAUCGGGAGCACCCUGGCGAUAAGUUCUUUAACACCACUGUGGAAAUCCUGCCUGCCUCCCACAUCAACGACAACGGAGCCAUUAUUGAGAACCAGCCAGGCUCCAAGAUGUACCCAGAGGGAGACAAGGGCUUCCUGAUUGUGGGACAGUUCAACAAGGAUGGACUAGCCCAGGGACAGAUCAAACCAGAAGUGGGCGAGAUAGCUGUUAUCCGUCUUCAUUCUCAAACGAAGGGCGGAAACUGGGUGAUUCUUAGCGAGAUAAUGCUUCAGACACCAAAGAGGUGACCUUUGACCCAUUAGUAUGUUUUGCUCCUCAUGUCAGCAUUAGCUGAAGCCCCUUCUACCUGUCUUUCGGGAACAAGAUGACACCCCUUUAUUGUGAAAAGCCACACCAUUCGUCACAGGAUUCAAGGUGUUAUUAAGUCAUAUAUGGUGUGAUAAUAUUUUGAGCACUUAUCUUCUGUUUUUAAAUUUUAUCUGUUCUUGAUCAUUGUGUGUAAUUGUUCCGAAUAUUAAUUAUCAUGAAUGAAAAGGUGAGCAUUUUCAUGGAAUGAUAUGCAAUUCCUUAUCACAGCUGUACCAGAUAGGAAAUGAAUGGCAACUGCCAUUUAAAAUAUGAGUCUUACACAUACUUCUAGAAACUCUGGGCUUUAUAUUUGUUUUACAAAAUCAUUUUGUCAACAUGCAUUGUCAACAGCGUAUUUUAGUCAUUCUUUUACAAUAAUUUUUUAUGCUAGCAAAGUGUUUAUAGUAUUGGUUGCACAGAAUUGAAAUAUUUUUAGUUUAAGCAGUUUUAUAAACUCUGUAGUGGUGUACUUAAAAACUUAAAAGUUAAAAACAACUUCUUAAAAGUUGUAAAACUGUUUGUGUGAUAUUUGAUCUAAUUUUUGUGUUUGCUUCUGUUGAACCGGUCUACCUAAUCAUGUGAUCACAACAGUCAAAGCUCUCGCAACAUUGUGAACCAAAAAACAAAUAUGCAACAUUUUUUCAGUCUCCACAUGCAUUGAGAUGCUUCAUUGAUCUUCUGCCCCAUUUUCAUGCGCAUUUUAUGUUUCUGUGCCAAAUAACUGUCUCAUCUGCCUCAGCUAUUCAUGCUUAUGUUUAAAGAACUCAUGAAAAGUUACUUCAAAACAAAGAUUGUGGUUUAUAUAAGAAAUAAAGAAAACUGUGCCAGAAAAAAAUUUUUUUUUUUUUUAAAUAUUUGCGCGUAUCUCUUAAUUACCACUAUAUAUAAUGCUUUUUGCCUGUCAGUGUUCGAAAAUGUUACAGAAACGAUGCCAACAUUUAAAUUUAUUAUUGGGAAACAGCUUAAGCUUCCUCCAGUCAAACUUCUCCCUCACAGAUUUGUUUUGACAGCUGUGGCCUUCGACCUCAGUGCAUUUGACUCCGGACUGCUGAAUCAGGACUGACCUCUAUGGCCUGUAGUUUAUAACCAUUUUUAUCUCUUAAGAACAAGGCUGGGGAACUUUUUUUGUAGGAGACAUUCUAAACUGCUUAUUAAAAAAUAAAAAUAACACAUGUUUUCAUGAACCAUUUAAAAAGAAAACAUUCAAGUAAGAUUGUUCUUUGACUCACAGCAGCAGUAGGAUAUCACAAACAUAAAGUGUACAUGUAUUAUUAUAUUUUAUAAAAGUACCUCUAAAGACAAAUCUGGGAGCCGCACCCUUACCAACUUGUCCCUUACUAGAUGUGAACAAUACUGAAAUAUAUGGGGUUUAUAAACUUAAAAAUGGGGAAGAGGAGAGGGUUGAUUACGUCAGAUAUUUCCAUGUACAGUCACUGAGUGUAAUGAAUUUAUCUCAUUGAUGUCCCUAUCUCAGCUCCUCUUGGGUCAUUUGGUGAGAGCUGAAGAAAGGGAGAUAAUCCACAACAUGCCAGGUGAACUUGAGUGAUUUGUGUGGGACAAUAAUUUACCAUCAACAAAUCCAAUCAAAGGAUUUUGUCCAUAGUCAGUUAGUGACCUCCUCUGUGAAUAAAGUUAAGUACAAAGUCAACUUCACUUUCCACAGUAUUAAAUAAGAAAGCAAUUAUUUGAUUGGACGAAUAAGUCAUUAUUCAAAUCUAGUAAGUGGCUAGUCCAUGAAGAGAGUGGCAACUUACCUGACUUCACUGAUUUACUUUUGUUAAUACUUGAAGGUGUAUUUCAGAUUUAUAUACUGCACUUUAAUUACAAGUAACCCUUGUUGAAAGUGUUAAUGAACAGUUUAAAUAUAAAUAUCAUUGAUAUAAUCUCUACAGGUAUUGCUAGUCCGCUUCUUUUUUUUUUUUUCAAUCAUCAAUGUAUAAUGUUUACUUUAUGUGGGAAUGCUGAAUACUGCGUUUUCAUGUAACUUUAUUGCUAUUUUGAAAACAGCCUUUUUUUCAAAUUUAUCUGGUGAAUCUAAAGAAUGGAACAAACAAUUGUGUAUUUGUUAGAAAGGUUGGUCAAAUUCCAUACUUGUCAUACAACUGAUCAGAUUCAAACCAGAUUAAUACUACAGCCAAUAAGAAAGCUUUACGUUUUUUUUUUCACAUCUUCCCUUUACAGUAUAUAAAUUUGAAGGCAAUUGUAUUUUGUCUCCGGUGGUACAUGGGAAGGUCUGCUAGCAGCCUGCUGAUGGUCGUGGGUUUCCACUGGACUCUGCCAGUUUUCCUCCCAUCAUAAUGCUGGCCGCCGUCGUAUAACUGAAAUAUUCUGGAGUACGACGUAAAACACCAAUCAGAUAAAUCAAAUGUAUUUCGGGGGGUUUCUUUAUAAUUAUUUCUCUUACAAUCCAACCAAUAGUUGGGGGAAUCCCACCGAAAUAAAAAAUAGAUAAAAAAUUUAUAUUAUUUAUCUUUAGUGAUUUCUUUUUUUUUAAUUUUUGCUUUGCAGACAAUCCCAAUGAUGUACUCCCUUCCCGCUCAACUAAGUUCUGAUGUAAUUUCGUACCACACUUUAUUCCUGUACUGUUGGGUCCUCAUUCUUAGAAGGGCGCGGCAUACCAAGGAGUUAUUUUGUACACAUUGGGAGAAGCCUGCCUCUGUAUUGUUCAUGUUGUGCAAAGUUAUAUAUGUUUAGCUUCAUAUGAUAAUGUGUUUGCUGGAACUUCCUAUAAAAGCAAGAUGUAAGAUAUGUGCUGGGAUAUAUUGUUACUCAGUAUGUAGUAGUAUUUCUUCAGUCUUCGUAAUAAGUGUAUCGUACUUUGUUGAAGAGGGAAAAUCAGUGGCAUCUGAUCUGAAGUGUGUGUGUUGGUGGUUUGGUUUUUUGUUCCUUUUGUUUUUUUUUUUUAUGAAGUAUCUGUUUUGCUAGAACCUCGAGCUUGGCAACAUUUUAACCUAGCAGACUCUCUCACAAAGGUACACUAUCUCUUUAGGAAGCGCCCACCUUUACCGCAUGCCUUUGUAAAAUAUGUAUAUUGUAUGAACAGCUUGUCAUAGCUAAUAGAUACAGUGUUAUGACAAACUGUUACAUAGUUCAUUCCAUUGUUUUUGAAUACAUAUGCUUGAAA